AUGGCCGACGAACCCGGGCAACCGCCGGCGCUGACCACGCUGAGUCUCGCCGACAAGGCCCACGAAAGCCAGGCUGUCAACCAGAUCGUGACGCCUUUCGAUGUCUCCGGUGGUGUCGAUGAGUCGGGGAAGCUGCUGCCGGUGGAUUACAACAAACUGGUCAGAGAAUUCGGAGCCACCCCGAUCAGCAAGGAGCUGCUGGAGCGCUUUGAAAAGGUGACCGGCCACCGUCCGCACCGUUUCAUGCGCCGAGGCAUUGUGUUCAGCCACCGUGAGUUGAACAAGAUCCUUGACCGCCAUGAGAAGGGCCAGCCAUUCUAUCUCUAUACCGGCCGUGGCCCGAGCAGCGAUAGUAUGCACGUGGGGCACACCGUUCCGUUCGAGUUCACGAAGUGGCUUCAGGAUGUCUUCGACGUUCCCCUCGUGAUCAUGUUGACGGACGACGAGAAAUUCAUGCAUUCCCAGAAGAUCGAAAUCGACGAUGUCAAGAGAUUCACCAAGGCCAACGCCAAGGAUAUCAUGGCGGUUGGUUUCGACCCCAAGAAGACUUUUAUUUUCAGCGACUUUGACUAUAUCGGCGGUGCUUUCUACGAGAACAUGUGUCGAAUGGCCAAGCGGAUCACGAUCAACCAGGUCAAAGGCACGUUCGGCUUCAACGACAGCAACAAUGUCGGCGAGUUCCACUUCUGCGCGACCCAGUCUGCAUCUGCAUUCGCGACUAGCUUUCCCCACAUCUUCGGCGAGGACAAGAAGAAGGCGGCCGCGGUCCCCUGCUUGAUCCCUUGUGCCAUUGACCAAGACCCUUACUUCCGGCAAUGCCGCGAGCACGCGGAGAAGAUGAAAUUUAAGAAGCCGUCUUUGAUCCACGCGAUUUUCCUCCCCGCUCUGCAGGGCCCCGGGUCCAAGAUGUCCGCCAGUGUCGACAGUUCCGCUGUAUUCAUGAACGACACACCCAAUCGCAUCAAGAACAAAAUCAACAAGUUCGCGUUUUCUGGUGGCCAGGACACGGCCGAGCUCCAGCGCCAACUGGGAGGCAACACCAAGAACGAUGUCCCGUUCCAGUAUCUCACUUUCUUCCUCGAGGACGACGAAGAGCUGGAGCAAAUCCGGACGGCCUACGAGAAGGGAGAAAUGAUGACCGGUGAGAUCAAGCAGCGGUGUAUCGCUGAGCUGCAGAAGUAUGUCGAGGGAUUCCAGGAGCGUCGCGCUCAGAUAACGGACGAGUUCAUUGCCGAAGCCAUGCGCGCCCGCCCACUGGAAUGGCGCGGGAAUCCCAACCCGAUUGUAGAGGAGAAGGCUAAGAAAUAG